AUGAACAAGCUGAGCUUAGCUGCAUCUGCCUUCACUCAAGAGUGGGACCAUGAGGAACUUCGAGAACCGGGCACCCCUGCGCCACCCAAGAGACGAUUCCAAAGCAGCAGGCUCGUGGGCGAGUAUGAACAGCCAUGGCUCGCCAAGCGCGACCCUCGAGAGAAGUUUGACAAGAUCUUCUUCUACGGCUUCCUCGUCAUCGGCCUUGCCGUGAGCGCCUACUUGUGCUACGACGGAUGGAAGUCAGUGGGCGACGAGAAGUUCUGCCUCCUGUGGGACGAAGACUUUUCCAACGGCAUCAAUCCUGCAGAUUGGAACCAUGUCGUCCGUAUCGACGGCUUCGGCACGGGCAGCUUUGACUGGUCAACCAACGACAGCCGCAACUCAUACACGGACCAUGACGGCCUGCACAUCGUGCCCACGAUGACGGUCGACGACCUCGGCAUCACGCCAGGCCAGAUCAUCGAUGGGUACUCGCUGAACUUGACCGCGGACGGGACGUGCACCGACUGGAACGUCACCAAUUGUGCCGUGACGUCCAACAAGACCACCGGAGCCAUCAUCAAUCCGGUGAGGUCUGCGCGUCUGGAUACCAAGGGCAAGCGGACAAUGAAGUACGGCAAAGUCGAGGUCGUGGCGAAGCUGCCUGCUGGCGACUGGCUGUGGCCCGCGAUCUGGAUGAUGCCCCAAGACGACGUCUACGGCUCCUGGCCGGCCUCGGGCGAGAUCGACAUCAUGGAGUCGCGCGGCAACAACCCGGCCUACUACAAGGACGGACGCAACACAGUCGGCGGCACGCUGCACUGGGGCCCCAACACCGACCUCGACAUGUUCGCCAAGACGACCGACAGCCACUGGAUCCGGCACACCGACUACAGCAAAGACUUCCACCUGUAUGGCCUGGUCUGGACCGACACCCACAUCUACACGUACGUCGACAACGUGCUGCGCCAGACGCUGUAUGUCGGCUUCUCCGAGAAGGCCGGAACGCUCUACCAGCGCGGCGGCUUUGACAAGAUGAACAUUGGCGGCGGCGGCUCGCCGUUCAACCCCUGGGCCGGCUCCAAGAACUUCAACGCGCCCUUUGACCAGAGCUUCUACCUGAUUCUCAACGUUGGCGUCGGCUCUACCAAUGGGUACUUUGCCGACGGGCGCGGCGGCAAGCCCUGGACGGACAAGGCCAACAACUCGAUGGCGCAGUUCUGGAAUGCCAAGGGGGUCUGGCAGCCUACAUGGGGAGGUCCCACUGAGAGGGGCAUGACGGUCAAGAGUGUCAAGAUGUACAACCUCUGCUAG